AUGGCUUCGUUUGUGUUUAUAAUUUGUCUUUAUCGUACCUUUUGCCUGCCUACCUCUUUGCCAGUAAACGAGCCCCAUGAGGAUCCCAUGCUCUCCUACAUCGCCGUUUCGCCUGUCCUUAUCGAGCAUACUCGACCGGUGGCUAUUUUAGGUGCGAUGAAGGACCGGAUUGCAGACGACUUGAUCUGCGAAUUUCCUGAAAAAUUCGACACUACUCGACCUCGUCGGCCAAAUGAAAUCGAAGGCCGGGACUACCAUUUUGUUGUUAGUCGGUCGACAAUGGAGGCCGACAUUACGUCGCAGUGCUAUAUUGAAGCCGGGGAGUAUAAGGGAAACUUGUACGGUACACACUUACGCUCCGUCUUCGAGCUGGCCAUCGCCCGGCGGCAUUGUCUACUCGAUGUUGGCGGACCUGCGCUACGCCGUCUCGAAUCAGCUGGUCUGCCCGCCAUUGUUCUUUUGCUACGCAACGAGGUAUACACCCAAAGAGCUGGCCUGUCAGGUCUGUCAGAUCAUCAAGGUGGACUAACAACGCCUGCUGAGUCUGCCAAUGGCUGUACCGCCGGAGUUGACGGAGGUUGGGCUGAUGGUGAUGGUCUCAGCCAGGAGGCUAGGCAGCGACUGAACGCGAAAAUCUCCCGCCUUAUACGAGAUUUUGCUCCAUGCCUCACAGGUCAGUAA